UCUAGUCAGAGAGCUGCACCUGUGAGUGAACCUGUAGCGUGCACCUGCAACCCGAAAUCUAGUAGAGUGUCUCUCCACUCUCGACUUCUAUACACACACUCUCUCUCUCCCUCUCUCCCUCUCUUUCUCUCUCCAACGAUCGAGCCAAGAUCUCGAGCAAAUUGCGUUUCGAUCCACCCCCUAUUGGCGAUCACCACAUCCGUGACGGCUAGUGCAACUUCCUCCAAGUAUCAUCCUCAAGAGAGACAGAAAAAGAAAAGAAGGACAGAAGAAAAUAUCCUGUUCCAUCCUCGGUAAUAACUCGAUGAACGUACUCUCUCUCUCUCUCUCUAUCUUCGCGCACUCUCCGUUGAUCUCGCACGUGUCAGUGAACAUGAAGAGUAUGAUCGUGUCGAUGGAUGUUUUGUCGGGGCCACGAGGAUGAUCGAGUGCGCGAUACGAACGUUCGACGAACAAUAACACGUCGGUGGUCUUGUUGACGGCGUGAAACGAGGGAUUGUGGUGUGCGUGCGUGUAUAUACAAUGAGACGCUUUUAACGAAACCUCGAGGGAAACGGCGUGACGUAGAAGGCUAGGUAGGCGUCCACGCGUGGAGAGGAGAGGAGGACGUGUGCGGGGUUCAGGAGCGUAGGAAUGUGUGAGAGGAAGGGGAAGGGAGGUGGAACACAAGACUGGAGCAACAAGUUUAAUAGAGAGAAUCAUCGAUGAUCGGGAUGAUAGUUGGCUAGUUGCCACCGAUAACCGUAAAUAAAAUGGAAAUGUAAAGGAGCCGGAUGCGCUUGGCAUCGGAUAUACGUUGGACUUGGGCGAGCAAGAAACGAUGACACGAAAAGAGCGGCAUGGAUCACUGGAUCGUGACGAACCGCAUUCAUGGAUCCCCGGCGACUGUUAACGACGUCCGACCGUGAGAUCGUCUAUGAUAAGAUCGUACGAUUCCUCGUGCGCUGUGUUAUCGUACCGCCGCCGCAGUACCUGGCCAUCGUUAAUCAAUCGGUCUGAUUACCGGUUAAAUGUUAAUGAGUUUCCGCGAGAUCGUCGCCGCGGAUGGAUCGUCGUCGAUCAUCGGAGUAAAAGAACUGGCGCAGGGGAUCUGAAGAGGCGACACUCGUGGAGCAGUGAGAUCGACUACCAGCCGGCGGAAACGGAAGCCGUAGCGACACCGGGAGGAGAUCCCGCUGCCCCGUCCUCGGACGACGAGGACAGAGUCUCGUACAAGGAACAUGGGUGUUCGGUGCAGACGGUGGACCUGGUGGCGGACUGUCCUUUGCAGGUAGUGACGCCUUCGUCGAGGUCGCCGUCACCGCCCAGAUCGCCGACACCCGCGACGCCCUCGACACCCCUCGCACCCCCCAGGAGCAUGGGUCAACGGCCAAGCACCCUGUUGCGCCCCAAAAUCUCUUUGACCUGGGUCCUUCGUGGGCAACAGCAACCUGCAUCCAGCAACAGUCAUUCGACCACCAAUGGGAAUGCAGGUGGGAACGGCGAUCGAGAGGGCUUGUCACGAGAUGGUAAAGAAAGAUCCUCGAAGAGGAGUGUGAAAAGUGUGAAGGAAAAAGACAACGGUAAGGAGAAUGUCGAAACAGAAAAACGAGAGAAGAAGGUUCUGCAUAGAAUAGAGAAAAUCGAAAAGACGGAGAAGGUAGAAGUUCAGGAAAAGUCAAUUAGCAAAGAAGUACUGGUCAAUGAAAGAUCGCUGGACAGUCCUCUAGAGAAACAAUCUGAAAAAGAAUUUUCAGGGCUAAAGGAGGCGAAGGAGAAAGAGAAAGUUAAGAGGGCAGUGUCCGAGCCGUCUCUUGUGUCACGUGAGUCAACGUCCACGCCUAGUGGUCGGGAGAAGCACAGACAUCGAAGAACCAAACGAUCCCACAAACCCAGACCGCCAAGUAGAUUUGGUUAUGAAAUUGCAGAUCUUGAUGCAUACCUUACCAAAGCCUCGAUAGAAAAACCUGCAAACAUUCCUGUUGUUCUUUCGUUUCCAUCUGUCCUGUAUCAAACCCAAGGUGGUACUCAAGACGAGAUGGCUCUCCCUCUUGGUACAGUUGUGAAUGCUGUAUUCAAGAAUCAAACUUGGUUAUACGUUCAAACUCCACAUGGUCAAGAAGGGUACGUCGGGUAUGCAGCUUGCUUACCAUUAGGAAUAUUACCACAACCAACAAGAGGACCAUGUUGGGAAGAUUCUACAGACGUAUUUCCUCGUCCCUUAGGAAACAUGACCGAUACGGAAAAACUAAGGGAUACUAGGUCAGAAUGUGGUGCUCGAGGUAGAAAUCCAAGAGUAAGACGUAGUUCUAGAGACGCAGUAUCAGCCUGCGGGGAACGUAGUGUUGAUAGAUUGUAUCUCAGAGCCGCAGCGAAUGCUAGAACCAAAGGAUCUCGACAUACUUUACUCGUUAUACGUAGCGAUUAUGAAGGUCAAGGUGGAAACGCUCUUAGUGUUUCCAAAGGCGAUGUCGUUGCGUUACUUAGCGAUCAUGUUAGUGAUUGGUUCUGGGUUCGUUCGCGAGAUGGUAGAGAGGGCUUUAUACCUGCAGUGAUUGCAGGUCAUGGCUUUCUGUGACUGUUAUAUUAUUAUAAUUUGUUUGAAAUUACUUGAUCCUUUAAAACUAUACAAAAAUAAAUCAUCACCAUAUUGUUUACUAUUCCAUUAUUUAUGAUUUCACUUUUUAUUUCGUUUAAAUAUAUUUUACAAACUAAAAGGAGAAAUUUAAUUUUGAAUAACCAAUUAAUUUCAAACAAAUGUUAAUUGUAUUUUAUCACAUCUCAUAAAUGUUCUAUUAGACGAAUAUACUACAAACAGAAAACGACUAUAUUACAAAAAGAUCGUAACUAACAAACAAAUACUUGUAUAUUUGUAAAAAGUUUUAUAUCAUAUUUUAUAAAAUGCAUAUUGUAUUAAUAUAUUUAUUAAAAAAUAUAUUUGUCUUUAAUGAGA